AUUUAAUUCCUAUUCUCCUUUCUUCUAAAAGUUUAUUUACACUCACUUCUUUACAAUCAAAAUCACCUAAAUGUCGUUCUAUUCCAUCUACAUCCUUUUGGAUUGGAUAUAAACAAAAUUGUCUUGAAAAUUCUGAAAUCUUGGAAAAGAUUUUUAUUCCGUGUUCGACUAAAGAUCAAUAUGUCAGAACUUAUCAACAAUCUAAAAGGCGUUAUGGUGCUAGAGCUAUUGUUAAUGCUGGAUUAUCUGUAUUAUUGGAUAAUGAUGCCCAUGUUCAAGAAGCUGGUUUUGCUUUCGGAGGAAUAAAUGAGGUUGUAGUUAGAGCUCCAAAGGCUGAGAAUUUUAUUUUAGGUAAAAAGUGGGGUGAUGAAGAUGUAUUAAAACAGUUACUUGAAAUAUUAUGUGAGGAAUUUAAAUUAAGUUUUUCUGCACAGG